AUGCCGCCAGAUGGAAACACAAAGCGCCAAGCAAAGCAAGUUGCGUCCGAGAGCAAGGGGCCUGUCGAAGUCAGUGACGACACCGCGACGAGGUCAAAAAGGCCGCGAAAGACCUCAAGGUCAGCCGGAAAAACCAGCGCUUCGAAACGCCGUCGAUGUGCACGUGGCGCGGGAGCUUUAUUGGAACUUGCCGAGCGGCUCGUAGAGGGUCAAGAAGUUGUCAUCAUUACCGGUGCUGGACUUUCGGUAGCUUCCGGUAUUCGCCCGUUUCGAUCCACCAACGGAAGUAGCGCAACUUCUGUUCCUACAAAACGAGGAGUUGUUCCUACAGCAGGUUUAUGGAAUGAUGUCAUUUGGACGACCGCCACCCGCGAAGCCUUUCGCAAAGAUCCGAAGCGAUGGUACAAUGACUUUUGGUUGCCCCACUUUCAAGACGGUACCACCUAUUAUCCCAACGCCGGCCACCUGGCGUUACAGGCCCUGCACGACCGUUACGAGAAUCUCCGACAAAUUACUCAAAAUAUCGACGGCCUGCAAGAGCCCAAUAAUCAUCUUAUCGAGGCGCAUGGACGCGUCGGUCUCUAUAAAUGCAUUCCGCACGAGGACGAAGAAAGUGACGCAAUGGAAGGUGACUCGGACGAUGAUGAAGACCGAGCCGUGCAAUUGGGACAUCGUCGGCAAGGACGCAAGGUAAGAGAAGCAUCCACAAAUCCCGAAAUUUGUCCCUACCAAUACUUGCAAUCGUUGAGUCCUUGUCAGCUGGAGCCGGCAAAUGUUCGAAAUGCCCUGUGCGAAAGCAAAGGCCAAAACCUUCCGGAGGCUCCGGCUUGCCCAGCUUGUGGCGGGGACGUUUUACCGCAAGCCCUCCUUUUUGAUGAAGGCUACCACGCACACGACUUUUAUGAUUUUGAGCGAGCGGAGGCUUGGUUAGAGAGUGCGGAGGCAAUCGUUUUUUGUGGAACUUCGUUUGCGGUUCGCAUUACUCAUGUAGCUCUGGAGCACGCUCGAGUACACAAGGUUCCUGUUUACAAUUUCAAUCUACACGAUGUACUCGAAUCCACAGCGCGAUUGAAUGUCACAAAUAUCAUUGGGCCGUCCGACGAAACCUUGCCCAAAUUAGUGGAGGCCUGUGAUGAGGCUGAAAGUCAGCAGGUCGGGGUAGGAGAAGGGAGUUGUUGA